CACUACUCUUCCUUCCUGACUCUUCUCCAUACUCCUCUACUCUCCCUACACUACCACCCAAUGCUCCCCUUAGCCCUCGCCGCCGUGGCCCUCGCCACCACCGGCGCCGUCUCGUCGGCAGUCGACACGAUCCACCUCACCAACAACCUCGCCCGCUCGGCACGCUACUCGCCCGAUCCGGCCGUACGCUUCGCCUGGGGCCAGCGACAGGCGCUCGCCGGCCGCGCGAAAUAUGCCCGCUUCCAGAGUGAGGAGGAGCAGGAGCUGCUUCGACGCGAGAUUGAGGACCGCGAGAUGCGGGUCGAGGAGGGACUGGCGCGUCGUGCGGUUGGUUCAGCUCAGAUCUACGACUGGGGCCGUGACGCGCAGUACACCGCCAAGAUCUCCGUCGGCACCCCGGCGCAAGAGUUUGACGUGGUCGUCGACACGGGCUCGGGCGACCUGUGGCUCCUCACGGCUUGCCCCAACGCCACUGAAUGCGGCGGCAUCCCGCUCUACGACCCCACCAAGUCGAGCAGCUACCAGAAGAACGGCAGCAUCUACUCUAUCCAGUAUGGCCAGGGCUCGAGCUCGGGUGUUUGGGGCUCCGACUCGGUCACGUUUGCUGGCGCGACGAGGAACUCGCAGCUGUUGGGCCUCGUCGACCAGGUCGACCAGUGGAACAACGCCGGCACCGACAUCGCCGGCCUGAUCGGCAUGGGCUGGACGGCGGUCGGUACCGGCCCCGUGCCCUUCUGGGAGAACCUCGCCCCCAGCUGGUCCGACAAGCAGUUUGGCAUCUGGCUCGCGCGCGAGACCGCUACGCUCGACGGCUCGACGCCCAACGGCAUCCCUACCCAGCUGAUCCAGAACGGCGGCUCGAUCACGCUUGGCGGUGUCGACACGUCCCUCUUCACCGGCCAGCUUAACUACGUCUCGCUGCCGACUGGCGUGGUGGAGCAGACGUAUUGGCAAGUUCCCCUCGACGGUAUGGUCGCCUUUGGACAGAAGAUCAACACCGACUCGACCUCGGGCUUCUUUUCGUCGUCGUCGUCCAAGUCGCUCGCCAUCAUCGACACGGGUACUACCCUCAUGUACGUCCCCACGCAGAUUGCCGACAACUUCUGGAGCUCGGUCUCUGGCGCCACGAUGAUCGGCGGCAUGCCCUUCUACCCCUGCGACACGAUCCCCAACUUUGGCCUUGGCUUUACGUUUGGCGGCCAGACGUACUAUGUCGCGGCGACCGACCUCGUGGCGUCGACGUGGCCCACAGAUCAGCUCCAGGCUGCUUCCGGAACUCGCCUGAGCGGCAACCACAAGCAGUGGUGCCAGGGUGCGCUGGUUGGCCAGUCGACCGGACGUAGCAGCUCGCAGCCCCCCUUCCUCAUUGGCGACGCGUUCAUCAAGAACGUGUACACUGCGUACCGCUACGACCCGCCAGCCAUCGGCUUUGCGCCCCUCUCGUCGUCGGCGAACAACACGUUUGGCCCCAACGGCGCGGCCAACACUGGCUCGGGCGGCGGCGCGGCUGCGACCGGAUCGAGCGGCGCUGGAUCGACUGGCACUGGCAGCGGAUCUAGUAGCGGAUCUGGCGGCAAGUCGGCGGCGUCCAAGGUCGAGGUUGGCGCUUCGGCUUUAGUCCUCGCCGCGGUCGGUGCCCUCGUCUCGGCGCUGACCUCGGCGCACCCGUCGCCAGUGUUCCCCCCUCACGGCGCGCACGGCGGCGCGCGCUUCCCCCUCUUGCCGCCACGCGCGUCCCAGCCGCCCGCGUACCCGCGCACCGAGCCGCUGGCUCCCCUGCCGAGAGGGUACGAGCGCAGCCUGCACGCCCUGCCGGCGGCGUACCCGCGCGCGCUGGUCGAGAGCUCUGGCGACCUGUCGCGGAGCUCGAAGCCGUUCUCGGAGGAGACUGUCGCCGCCACAGAGAGCAAGGAGGAGCGCACGGCACGCAUCAAGCGGGAGAGGGAUAGUGCGGUGCGGACUAGGGCCGACGCGCGCCCGUGGGACGUGAGCGACGCCGGCGAGGUCGAGCCCGAGGCCCUGUCCACCGCGCCGCAGUGGAUCGCGGCCGAGCGCUGGCGCCGGACGGAGAGUACCGACGACGCGGAGGGCGUCACGCUUGUGUUUUUGCAUGCGAACGGGUUCCAGAAGGAGCACUUCCACCCCAUGGCGACAGCGCUCCUCAACCGCUCAUCCGACCCGACAACGCAGUUCGGCACCCCCGCACCACUUGCGACCCCGACGGCCCUCCCGCCCAUCGACGACAUCUGGUUCCUCGACGACGUGCACCACGGGGACAGCGUGACGCUCAACGACGGGGUGCUCGGCGCCGCGCUCGCGUGGGAGGACACGGCGCGCGACGUGGCCAACUUUGUCAAGCACGUCGCGCCGCUGUCGGACAGGGCGGCGCCAGAGCAUGUCCCGUGGCGCAGCUCAGCGCAGCCGCGCCGCGUGAUCGGCGUAGGGCACAGCUUUGGCGGCAACGCGCUCGUGCAGGCCGCCGCGGCGUACCCGCAGCUCUUUGACGCGCUCUUCCUCAUCGAGCCGAUGACGAUCCCCGUGCUCGUCAACAACCCCGCAAAGGGGUGGCCGUUCACGCUCGGCGCGCUCAAGCGGCGCGAUACGUGGCCUUCUCGCGCUGCCGCCGCCGAGGCGAACCGCAACUCGCCGCUCUUCAAGUCCUGGUCAGACGACGUGUUCGCCCUGUGGCUGAGCCACUCGCUCGUGCCCGCCACGGCCGACCCAGAGGGGCCAGUGACGCUCGCCACGCCCGGGUGGUGCGAGGCCGCGUGCUUCUCGAACGGCGAGAGCCCCCAGCGCGGAUGGGACGCGCUGCCCCACGUCCGCUGCCCCACCGCGUUCGUGAUGGCCGGCGACCCCGUGUGGAUGGUCGGCGAGGAGAACGCCAACGAGCUCGUGUGGCGCCCGGAGCUGUCACGCAACGAGGUCAUCCCGGACGCGGGGCACAUGGCCGUGCAGGAGAAGCCGGGUGAGCUGGCCGACGCGUUCGCGCGGUUCUUGGCCACGGUGGAGGCGGGCGAGUGGACGCGCGGCGAGGAGGAGGCGCAGGCGCGGUUCAGCAUCAUGUCGUCCAAAGUCCUCAACCUCACCGUGCCCUUCCAGAACGUCGCGUGGACCGCCGAAACCGACGAGCAGACGCCCGGCAUCACGACCGGCACCGCGUCGGCCGAGUACGCCUUCUCUGGCCCCGACGUCAACGGCAAGGGCACCGGCGCGUACAUUGUCACUUUCCACCCGGUCAAGGGCAACAAGGACUCGUACUGGUACGACGGCCAGCUCGUCUUCGCCGGCACCAUCGCAGGCAAGAAGGGCGAUGUCGUGCUCCGCGAGCGCGGCCGCGUCGCGGACGGCAAGCUCACCGCCGACUGGGUGGUUGAGCCCGAGACUGCCAGCGGCGAGCUGCAGGGCAUUGUCGGUGCCGGCUCGUACGCGCUUGACGUGCGCAGCGUCGGCGCGACGGUGCAGGGCAAGCUUGAGGUCGAGUUCUAGGGGGGCAUGGUUAUGCGUCUUAGGACGGUAGUAGAAGAAUGAAUGCAUCGCCGUGAAUGCACG